UCUAUAGAAACACAGGCUAAACUACUGGCUCAUAGGGGACAUAUGUCAUCCGCCAAUGUGUCACAACAUCAAGAACUUGAGCGCCGGGGUAGGCAUCUCCCAGCGCAGAUCUCAGAGAUCAGGCGUAACACGAAGAUAAAUGAAUCUCACCUCACUGAGCAAGAGGCGGAUAGAGACCCGCGCUUCGCAAUAUUCAUAUCCAGGGAGUUGUCCAUACGCCGUCAUGUUCAGGAAAGCCGCAGCGUAAUUAGGCUAGUCAGGCGUCGUACCGAAUACGGUUCUUUUCGCUAUAUGAGGACGUGGCUAAAGGAUCAUCCAAACUUUCUAGUCCUCGCAAAAAUACACCAAUCGCUUGCCAAUUUCCACGUCACAGAAAUGAUCGAUCUCAGAGCACAACUCACCCAUAUUCUGGAAAUCGGGAUUCCUCUUAUGACAGAAGGAGAAGUCUUGGAGAACCUUCAACUAGCCAAAAGGAUGCUGUCUUAUCUGAAACCUGUUGUGCAAAUUAAGUCAAGAAACCCAAAGAAACCAGAUCGCCACCCGAGUAAUACCAACUACUCCAAAGACUCCACAACAGUCCUCGAUCUCUCUCCUCAACGCGCAAAAGAUGGAAAGCUCGUGUCAGGAAUGGAAAUGGCUUCGUUCAGAACUUUAUCCUCAUCACAAAAGGGAGAAAGAGAGCGAGACGUUGACAUCCGUUUGAAGAAGUUCUUAUCCAAGUAGUACCAGGCUCUACGUGACAACAAGAACCAGAAGACCAACCGACCAACCAACCAACCAACCUAGUGACGACCAGUAGUGUAGACUAUUGGCCCGAUUUCCGCAGGGCCGUCGACUACCGGAGUCUCUGCGUUGUUCUUAAAGUCGUAUUACUCCAAAAACUACGAGACUCGGCCUUUUCCGAUCAAAUAUCGGCUCAUUGUACGGAGCGAGUACUAGUAUUCUCUCCCGGGACGCUCGCUUCGCUCAGCAGAUGUCACUCAAAUUUUCCAGUAGUCCGGUACCGCUCCAUCACAUCCUCAAGCUCAGGCUCAUCAGCACCCAUCCGCCG